UAAUUCCUGGCUUCAUGAUCCUUGUGUGCUUCGGUCGGACAAGGGGGUGCAUGGGUGAAACAUGGCCGCCGUAGACCCAUCGAAGUCUCCGAAUCGACAGAAAAACCCCACAGAGGAGGUGGAAACAUCUGGGGAGGAGGCCGUGGCGGCGGAGUCUGGAUGCAGCCCCAACCAGACGGAGGAUGCGGCUGGUGACCAAACCAGGUGCUCCCCCGAUGGUGAGCCCGCAGCCGAGGAUGUUGGCAGUAACGGUGAAGGCGGCGGUGCUGCCAGCCAUUCUGGGGAGGUUAGUGUCGAAUCCGGUGCUGGAGCAGCAGACAAAACGACAUGCGUCUCAUCAGAAGACCGAGCAGCGGCCGAAAAAAUGGCCGAGGCCCUCGACAGCCGGGAGCAGGCUUUCGUCUGGUCAGAGACUGAGGACAACGAGGAGGGGGCGAAAGCCCGCAAGAAGGAAAAUGACAAAAGUGACCACAAAGUUGCUAAGACUGUUAAUGAUGCAAUCCAGCAUCCACCUCCUGAGGAGAACUCAGAAAAGACUGACAAGGGAGAAAGUUCAGCAGAGAAGUCUCCAGUUGAGGGCUUGGGGGUUGAAGUUGAUCCAGCGGAAGACGGGAUGGACGAUGACGAAGAGGCCGAUCCGACGAAUAAACAAAGGAAAUUUAGCUUGGUGUGCAAGGAGUGCGGCAAGAGCUUCAGCCAGCGCGAGAUGUUCAACCUCCAUCGGCACUUUCACGCACAUGAGGAUGAGUUGCUGCCCCUGACCUGCAAAGAAUGCGGCCUUACCUUCCAGCACCGCAGAAGCCUCAUCAAACACAGGAACGAACACAAGGAAAAAGAAGAGAACCUGGAGACUACAAAGAUGGAGGACAAAACGCGGGCGCCGUUUAGAUAUCAGUGUGCAGAAUGCAAGAGGAUAUUCUCUACAGUAGGUAAACUGAGGGACCAUGAUUGCAACCAUGCAUCAGAAAAGCCUUACCACUGCCCUCUUUGCCGCCAAGAUUUCCAGUUCAAAGUGUCUGUCACCAAACAUAUGAUGACCCAUUCCCGUGAGUGCGCCUUUAAAUGCCAAGAGUGCAGUCAGACCUUUCCAAACAUCAUGUCCCUGCGCUUCCACCAGAAAUCCCACGGUGCUCUCAAGCCGUACGAGUGUCCAGAGUGCGGCAUGGUUUUCAAACACUACUCCGUCAUGGAAGACCAUCGGCGCAAGCACGUCGACAAUAGCCGCUCUCACCUGUGCAACAUCUGCGGCAAGACUUUUAAGUACAGCAGCCUCCUCCAACAGCACCAGUAUCUACACACGGGCCAGAAGCCUUUCCGCUGCCCUGAAUGUGGCAAAACAUUUGCCUUCGCCCAAAACAUGAAGGCGCACUGCCGCCAGCACAGAUUACAAGAAACCAACUCAUUAAGCGAGCCACCUAAAAAACAGCCUGUUAGGUCUGGACCCGAAGUGGCUGAGGGUCCCGAGAAGGAGAACUCUCAUACUAGCCAGGAUACGAAACGCACCUUCUGUUGCCCUCUCUGUCCCCAGACCUUUCACGUUCCAGCUAACCUCAGAGCUCACCUGCAGUUCCACGAGGAAGAGUACGAAAAGCUGGAAAGGACACCUCAAUCUCCGGUGGUGACCAACAAGCAUUGGGACAAGGGGCACACCUGCCCUCACUGUCCUAGUAUUUUUCGAGAGGAAUCUAGUUUAAAAGGGCAUCUGUUGAGUGUCCACAAGACAAAUACAAUGCAUUUGGAAAGGUUGCCCACACCAAAAAAGCAGUUAGCUCAAUUAAGCAGUGAUAACACACAGGGAAAGCUGUUUAAUGUAAAACCCUACAAGUGUUCAGAGUGCGGAAAAACUUUCCGGCACCGCUCAGUGUUAGAGCUACACAUGCGCAUACAUUCCAAGGACAAGCCUUACCAAUGCAAAGUGUGUGGCAAGGGUUUCAGAUUCAGCAGCUACUUGCAGCAGCAUCUUAUUAUCCACACGGGCAAAAAGCCUUACAAAUGCCCCGAUUGUGGAAAGGAUUUUGCCUUCUUGCAGAACAUGAGGACUCACCAGAAGCUGCACCAGGAGAAGCCUUUCCGCUGCACGAGCUGUCGCAAAGGCUACAGCGACGAGACCCAACUCCAGCACCAUAUGUUGUCCCAUAACGGAGACAAACCGCACAAGUGCGACCUCUGCGACAAGAGCUUCGGAUUGGCCUAUCUGCUGCGAGACCACAUGAACACCCACACCGGGGAGAGGCCGCACCAAUGCGAGGAGUGUCAUAAAUCCUUCUCCUGGUUCAGUAGCCUGCUGGUUCAUCAGAAGAUUCACGCACGCAAAAAGCAAGCUUUAAGCCACUACAGCUCCUACCCAGUUGGUGCCCGGAUGAGGGGAAGGGGGAAGAGGGGAGGGAGGCUAGUGUGGGGGUUGUCCAGACCAUCUGGGAUCUCAGAGGUGGUUCCUCCUCCUCAACAUCACCUCUACCCAGUUUCUCCUCACAGAGAUUCCGAGUUGCACAGACAAGCGCCGCAGCAGCCCUCUCUGUCUCGCAUGGAUUCACAGACAAGGCAACAAAGUGAGGCAUGGCCGUCUGAGCCGCAUCGUCAGCCGCUGCAGUGGAGCGUGGAUGCUAGAGAGGUGCCCCCACUUCCCACGCAGCACCAUCCUCAGGCUCCACAGUAUGACGUUUCAAAACAGCCGGCGCUUCAACAACAGCAGCAGCAUCAUCAAAGGAGUCCAGGCUGGGCGGAUAUGUCGUUAUUGGGACCUGGGUUGGCUCCCAACUUGGACUCCCAGUUGAAGGAGAACACUUCUUCUGUUCUGGCCUCUCAUAUGCCAAGGAAAUCCAGCCCAUCAGUGGCAACUGAGAUUGCGCAACAAAGACAGCAUAAACUCUCUUUGUGGAGUAACACUCCAACAUCCACAGGCUUGGCUGCAACAAGCUCCUUGCAGCAUGAUUUUUCCGUUCCCUCCUCCUACAUAGACGGAGCUGCGCUGUGGAGUGUCCGCCCCACUCCACUUACAAACUCUCAGAGCUCCCCAAACAAGCUCGGCCAAGACCUGCAGCUGCCACGGUGGCCGGGCGGCCCAGAGCCGUCCCCGCCACCCAAGAAAGAAGAAAGGCUGUGGGACAUCAAUAGUCCUUCAGUUUUGUCUUCGACUGUUACUCAGCCAGAGAAGGCGUGGAACGGCUGCGAGCCGCAAAAACCAUGGGUUUCCGGUCUCACAGGUGCCCCACCCUCAGCUCAAAUAGACCAAAGCAACGCCAUGCCCAUCUCAGCUCCUGGUUCUCACGGGGUUACCAGCAACUUGUGGGACAUUCAAACCCCUCCGGGGAUUUCAAAGACUGUGAACUCUGUGGAUAAGUUGGUAAAUAACCAAGAGUUUCAGCUGCAACAAAAACAGGUCUCGCCCGGCUGGAGUGGCGUGCAGACCCCCACGCAGAAGGUUCCCAUAUCCAUCCAAUAUGAGCCUCAUCGUUUCAACCAGGGGGUGGGGACCCCCGUCUGGGGCUUUCAGAACAACUCCGUCGGACCUCAGUCUCUGCUCUCCAGCCAGCUCAAACCAGGUGGCGGACAGGAGUUGCAGCAGCAACCGAUGGCAUCAGCCGCUCAGAUCAUCAUUAAUCAACCUUCUCCUUUUUUCUCUCCUCCGCUCGCUCCUCUUCCCCCCUUGGCUUUGCCUAGCCCUCACCCCCUCCACUCGGUCCCGGUCGGUGCAAUACCCAGACCCCCACACCCAAACAUAUUUUUCACCCCACAGCCGGUCAUGAGCGAGAGGCCACACAUGCCGCAGACCCUGCCCCUACCUCAGCUCCCCCCACAGACGGAACCUCACAAGCUGGGAACCCGUCUGCCAUUUCCCCCGGAGCGGCUUCUCCACUGCAUGAUAUGCGGACUCUCCGUUCCCCGGGAGCUGGAUCUACAGAUGCAUUACCUUCAACAUGCGAAGGGGGAGAUAUGACACUUCUACACUAGUAACAAACCUUAGUUCUGUUUUUUAUACUUGUCUGUAAAACCUCAUUCAUUUGACACUUUGCUGUUGAGUGGAUGAUGAUUUAAAACAAACAAAAAAAAAGGUGUAAGUGAAACCAGACACAAUUUGCACAUUUGAUUUUGAAAUUUGAUGUAAGACUGUGCAGCGUGUUUGACCAGAGGAUGUAUAUGUCUAUAAUUGGUUUCGCCAACUUUUCAGAUCAUUUCAGGGGUGCGGAUUAAUGAGGUUCUGCAGGCUACAUUUCAUGUAUUGCUGAUUAUGUUAGAAUUAGAUCUUAGUAAUUUUCUAGUUCUGUCCAUAUGUCUUGAACCAUUUGUACUGUGUUUCUCCAUGUACAGUAUACAGUGUGCCUUUUAUGAGUACAGUCUGCAUGUCUGCUGUCUUGGUAUUCUAGGCCCUAGUUUGUGCUUUCUAAGUAGACUGAACAGUGUGACCUCAACCCGUCACAGGCAGCGCAACUUGUUUAAAGGUGCUGAAGAGUCUGGAAUAGGGGGGCUGUGAGGUAAAAUGUAUUUUAAAGUAUGCAUUGAUUGGUAAAAGAAUUUAUACCACUUGAAGUUUUUCACUCUGUCUUUUCAACCAGAAACUUUGAUGUAUCUUAUUGGGGUUUUAUGUGAGAGAGUAACACAAAGCAGAAGAAACCUGGCCGGAAAAAUGGAUACAUGUUCUAUUUAUUAAGUUUUUUAUUUACAUAUAAUCUGGAACUUGUGCAUUCUAUUUCAUCCCUUUGAGUCAGUGCUUAUGACUUUAAUUUUUCUUUAACUCCAUCCCACCAAGUCUGAUCAACUACCCUGUUCCUGCUGUCCCCACAGUAUGAUACCGUCACCACCAUGUUUCCUGCUGCUGGAUGAUUUCUAUACACUCUGCGUUAAUCCAUCACAUAAAAUCUCAGUGCAAUACAUUGUUUUUUGGCUGUUCUAUGACUAGAUUAAUAAAUUGAAGGGGUAUAAGUCUGUUUUGCAAAGCACUCUACAUAUUAAAGCUGCUGGCCUACAA